AGUUUUGCAAACGAUUUGUGAGGUGAGUGUGUGUUCAUGUAGAUAUUAUGUGUGUUGUUGUAGCAAAAGUAGUUGUGUGGACAGGGCAGGCAGAAGAAACAGCCAUAUAGAAUCAACGACGUCGGUGAGGAGUAAGCAGCGGGAAUAUAAAGGAACAGCGAACAAUAGAAAACGAAAUACGAGAUUGUCAGGUUUAAAAAGCGAGCGUGAAUAAAGAAAAGAAAUACAAUCGAUUAUAUGAAAUGCGAAAAAAUAUAGGCAAUGAAAAUAUAUUUCAAUCAGGAAGAAAAAAAUUGAAUACAGUAAAUAUAGCCGUAAAGUGCCAAGUGCCUAUAUACCAACCAAGAAAGAUAAACAUGGAUGAAGUAGAAACUCUGUGGCAAAACAGUUAGUGAGAUAACAAAAGGGCAACAACAGCGAACAGUUGCCCAUAACGACGUUUGUGUCACAAGUGCAAUUAAACUCAAUUAAGCAAUUUAAAGUUGAAUUAAUUUAUAUAUUAAUUUGGUGUGUUGUGCAUAAGUUGUCUUAUAACUGGAGUUGGAAUAAGUAAGCACAGAAGUGCCAAACCGAGCUUAUUUUUGUAUAGUGAAUAUCCCCGCCACCAAUAGUGUUUUAGUCGCCUCUUAAAUAUUCGUUAAUUGUGCAUAAUAAAGAAUUUCUACUUUGUCAUUUUGUGCAGCAGUAAAACGCUACUCGUCAACGACAGUGUAGUGAUUACUCGGUCAAAUUGUCUUGCGGAGCCAUUAACAUUAUAGCCAUAGUACCAUUGUGUCAGUGUAAUCGACUCGUACCAAAAGCCACGGGUGGAGUGCAGCAACGAAAUACAUAACAAAAACAUAUAUAGUGACUAGAGUGUAAUAGAAAAGCAAUUUGCUGCAUAAAAGCGGGUCUGUAGCAGUUGCAGUUUUGCUGGUAUGGAACUGGUCAGUGUAUGCGCACAGCAUGUUUGUCGCUUCACAUUGCACGCCAUAAGUGGGAACCACUAUAACUCACAUUUUACAAACAUUAAUAUGCAGCUUAGUUUUUGGUGUCCACGUUGCCAUUAUGUAUUUUCUGGUUUUUAUUGAUGCACAGUUAUGAGCUAUUUGACAUACAUAUGUACGUUAAGGUAUGGUUUUAGCCAGCAACGAAUGGCUCAACAAUAGCGAAGAUGAACAAAAGAGAACAUCGGGAAGCACACAAACAGCAACAGCAACUAACACAACAGACGCAGGUAAUCGCGACAUCGCAGGCACAACGGAAGUUCUUGCAAGGACGACAGAGAUCACCAGCACUAAUAAUACAGCAAUUCCAGCAGUCCCAAUUACAGCACCAGUAACAACAACGGGCACUGCCAACGCAAAUAACGAAAUUAUGUCUGAAAAUCCAAAUAGUGAAUCGCAUGAGCAACAAGAGCAGUUAGCGCAACAACUAAAAAAUAAUAUCAACGAUAUUCUGCCUGCCGCAAAUAACGAAGCGAACGAUGAGGUGUCUAGUACACGAGAAGUUGUCAAUAAUAAUAGGGAAGUGUUGAACUGUGAUACUUCAAAUACGAAUGCGAAUACCGCUAAUGCCAAUAGCAAUAUUAAUUCCAGCAUUAGUGACAAUAGCGGUGAGAAUGGCAGCAUUACAAAUGCCAAUGAGAGUUCAGCCCAAAUAUCAAACAGUAACACAAGCACCAAUAAUGCCAACUUGUACUCGAAUCCAAGUUCAAAUGCGAGCACCCUACAAUCACCCAUUGUACGUCAAUCGAAAGCGGUUACUAUUACCACAGGCACUGCGCUGUCGGGCGGUAAUUUGCCACUCAGCAGUCCCAUUACACCGCAAGCGUUAAGCAGCGCACUUCAAUCCGUUAUGAAUGCUAGCAAUAAUGUCAACUCUGCCAAUGCAGCGGUGGGUAAUCUACAAAAUACUUUUCUUAACACAAUAGGCAUGGAUAUUGGACAGGCUGCGAAAGAGUUAGGCACAGCUUUCGUUAGUGGUUUGGUGGAGGCACAAACGAAUAUAACAAAUAAUGGUAGCAAUGCCGUACAAAAUGUGGGUACCAGCAGCAAUGCCAGUAUGAAUUUGGAGACGGCAGAAAACAAUGGUCAAGCGAAAAUCAUACUCCUCUGCGAGGCCAACUCACAUCCGUUCCAGACACGUACCAUAAACCUCACACCAAACAUCGAAUGUAAAGUGGGUCGUCUGAUAGCAAAGAGUAAAGCAUCCGAAUCGAAUGCUAUAUUCGAUUGUAAGGUAUUAUCACGUAAUCAUGCCGUGUUAUGGUACACGGAUGAUUGUAAAUUUUGGGUGAAGGAUACAAAAUCAUCAAACGGUACAUUCAUUAAUGAAAACAAACUUGGCACUGAGGCGGCAGAGCUGCAUUUCGGUGAUAUUGUCAAGUUUGGCGUUGAUGUGCUAGAGAAUUCACGCAAAGAGGUGCAUGGCUGUAUUAUUGCUUUUGUAAAGCUGUACUUGCCGGACGGCCGUGAAGCGAUAUCAAUCGAUGCGACUGCACAACGUUCACAGUACUCGGGCGAAGAUCGUAUCAGCUACGAGGAAAUGCAUCGCUUGAAUUUGUACAUGCAAGAGGUCUCGCAGCGUGAGAAGGCGCUUAAAUCGAAACUUUUCAAUAUACAAAAUGUUUUGGAUGCGACGCGUAAGAAUUCGGCGCUAUGCUGGCAGUCGCUCAUUGCCGAGGACCAAUUAUUGCACCGCAUCAAUUCGCUCGAGAAGAAAUUGCAAAUUAUGGAAAAAAAUGUGCCAGAGAGCGUACUGCGAAACGAGGUAAUAAAAUUGCUCGAAGAUAAAAACUCAUAUCAACUUACAGCCAAAGAAGCCUUACGCAAAGUCUACCAAGAGCGUUGUGAUGCACUGCAAAUGCUCUCAAAAAUGGAAUUAGCAUACGCAAACUCGGAUGGUGAAUGUAAAAUCUUACGCGAUCAAAUAAUGAAUACCAAGCAAUCACUGCAGGAUGUCAAUACGCGUUUGCAACGACUCGAAACCGAUUACAAUGAAUAUAAAGAAGAUGCGGAACGCAAGCAACAAGAAAUCAAAGAGCAAGAAGAACAUCGUCUCGCUGAAAUGUCCGAGAAAUUGCAUCAACGCGAACAGGAAUGUGAUGAUUUGCGACGCCGUGUUUCCGAAUUCAUGCUGCAGCGCGCUGAACUGGUAGAUGAGGAGGAAAAACGGGCCAUUGAGAAGCUAGACGCAGCUAUAGGCGACAUGGAUUUGGGAGAUGAUGACGACGAUGAUAAUGAAGUGGAAGAAAACGACGAUAAUGAAGAUAAUGAAGAUAAAUUUGAUGAAGGUGAUGGGGAACACAAGGAAGAUGGAAAUGAGAAAGAUUCUAGUUACAAAGAAUUGCGUUCAUCGCGAGUGACGAAAAGCCUUGAGAUAAUGAAUGGCGUGGGAACACAAUUCUCUCAUAGCAAUGAUGAAAAGGAGGUCUUAAACAGCACGUCCAGAUCUGAUGUUUCACAAAAAGAGGAUAAGCAAAAAAGCAAUGCCAAGGAGUCCACAAUACUCAAAUGGCUGCAAAAUUCGGAUUUGAACCAAAAAGAAGGUUCCAUUGAUAUCUUUAAGGCGAUUUGUAAUGAGUCGGAUUCGAGUGACGAACAAGAUCUUCCAUUACUUGAAAACGAUGUCGUCAUCGAUAGCGAAAGUGGUAUUGGUACCUCAAUGGAGGAUAUCAAAUUGAAAUAUAAAAAAUCGAAAAAUAAAUUACAAAGCGUACAGAGCAUUUUAUGUCAAUUGGUGGAGGCGGAAAUGUCAAAAGAGUUCUACAAAUCACCUUGUGCUAAUACAACAGAGCACAAUGCUGCAGAUUCAGAAAAUGAGGCUUUAAAAGAAACACGCAAUGAAGGGGGCUGCGCACCCAUGGAUAAUGAACAGAAAUUGUUAUUACUCAAACGUAGCGUAGCCAUAUUGAGUGAAGCAUACAAAGAGAUAUGUGACAAUCUGAACGAACAUGAGUUACAGAAAGCAUUGAUCGAAGACGCAAAGGAGCUGUCACCGCCACCUGCGAUCACGGUGCAAACACAAUUCCAAAGUUAUGCACCGUCAUUCAACACCAGUGCCACUGCGGCCAAUAAGCUGAUACCACAAGAUACUUUGAAGCCACUAAUAGAAGCUGCUGAGGAUGAAGAUGAUUUGGUUGAAAAUAAAUUACAAACAGAGCAAACAGCUAAUGAUGAAGCGCAAAGUGAAGAAUGCGUCACAGUGACUACACCGUCCACAAUCGUUGCGAACGUUAUAGCAGGCGAAGAAGUGACUUUAAGGGAUGAAGUGCGCGCCUAUAAAGGACAGAUCAAGGAAUUAAACCUUAAGCUAGAGCAAGUCGAGAGUGACGCACAAAAUACGCUUGAAAUAAUGCAAAUAGAAUGUGACACAUACAAAGAAAAACUCGCUGAAUUAUCAAAAGUUGUGCAAAAAGCCUGCGAAGAAAAACAGGAACUCGAGUUAUUGCUUGAUAAACGUGCGGUCAGGGUAGAAAACGUACAACUGCAAGCAGAACAACAACGCGCCGCACUUGACGAACACAGUGACGCGGAAACGAAGGUACCCGUUAGCGUAGCCGAAUUGUCAACCGAAGUUAGGGUCAAGGAAACGGCUAGCACAUUGCCUGAGCGAAGCGGCGUUGAAUUGCAAAACGCAGAUAAUAAGCCAUACACCGCGAGUACAUUGGAGUCCGAUUUCGAAACGCAGCUGCAUGAUGAUUUGGCGGCCUUAAAUAGCAGUGCUUUGCAACGCGAAGAGGAGCUGAUCGUGUACAAAGAACGAUUGGAGAAGACACAAAACGACAAUCUGCAGUUACGCAACGAGAUGGCGGAGCUGCUACUGAAAUCCGGUACACAAGCGCAAACGCAUAUGGUGAAGCAAUUGCUGGCUUACGGUGUCGUGGUGGUGGCAAUUAUCGUUUACUUUAUCACAAUGUAUUUCUAAGUGCGGCCCUUUGCUGCCUUCUACGCGGUAUCUGUCAAAAUGGUAAGCAAUUCGAUAUGUGGAGCGAAGAGAUAAAUGCAAUAUAUAAAAAAUGCAUUAGUAUGGAAGCUAAAUUAAAGAAAUCAGAAUGAAACGAACAAAUAUAUGGUGGCAAAUAUUAGAAAUGGAAAAUUUUGCAAAAAGUUGCGAUUAAACUGCUGUACAGUGUACAUACAAUUAAAGUGGCUCGCUACAUACAUGUAAUGCGAUAAACAGUCAGUUUGUGCUGCUGGUGGCAUAAGCUAUAUGCAACUCAACAUGUAGCGCCCAAAUCUAAACCAAAUGUUAGUUCAAAUUAACUAAAAAAAACAAUAUGUUUUUCAUUAUAAUACAUUUUUCUAAAGCAAAAAUUUGAACUAAUCUGCGGCAACAUGGCAAAAUUUUCGGCAUAUUUUCUUGCCCAGCAUAGAUUUGAAACACACACACUCAUACGCCACAAGUAAAAUCCAUAACAAUGUGAAAUAAUUAGAUCCAUUACGAAUUCUUGUAGAUAUUAGCAAACUUUUAGUUUGUAAACAAAUUUAAAUUGCCACAAAACAAAAAAGCAUAUUACUAAGGUAAUCGAAUUAAGCUAAUUAAACGCAUAUAAAAACAAACACCAAUACAUAUAAAAUGAAAGCUAAAUUAAAUAAUAUUAAAUAUA